GAUACGGGGCCGCUCGAGAGGGUGGGUGCGCGCGCGCUUUUACGACCGCACCGAGUCUGGGUCGAGGGCUCAGUUGAUGUAGAGCACGUGUCCCUGGUGUUGAGCUUGACGUGAUACUACGCGGGGCUGCCAUUGGGGUGCUCCUGCGCACGGUUCUUCUCGCGUCUGUUGUCGUGAAGAUUUUCUUUACCCCCCCGAAUUCACCUGGUGGCCAGCAUCGAAAGAAGAAACGUCUGCGGAAGUGUGUGUGUACUGGACAGCGAAAGGCAGCUUAAGAGAGGCCUGACGAGCGGCUUGGCUUGACUCGGCUGGGGCUACUCCACAGAAGAACAUGGCAGCACGCAAGUUCUCUACGACGGUAGUUCUGGGGGCAUUCCUGCUCGGCUUCUUACACCUGGUUUCAUCCAAACAACGACCACUACCAGAAGAAUGCUAUGCAGACGUGGGCUCUCGGUGCUUGGCAAGUUAUCGUAGCAGUUUGGUGGGAAAUUUUGACGGAAACUACGAAAAAGCUUGCAGGAACGUGACCGCCAAGUAUCCGUGCCACCAGAGGAUAGCCUCGUGCCCGGAGCCGGUGAGAUCCAACUUCAGCCGCCAGGAGAAAGGAUACGAAGCCCUUCGUGACUUUAUCUGCGACCGCAAGGCAUUUCAAGAUUUCCUCACAGCUUCUCAAUGCCGAGACUUUGAAAAGUCUCGCAUUUGCGAGGCCCAGAACGGAGCUUCACCGGAGGACAAUAAAAAUGAUCCUGCCAACUUAGGCUGCAGGAUUUUCCGGGCCGAGCUGGCGUGUUUCGACGAGUUAUUCACGUCGGAUUGCGCGAUGAACCAGAAGGCGGCUAAGGCGGCAUUCGGGAAAGGUCAAGAUAUCCUGCUCACUCUCGAAGGCUGCAGCUCGUCGGCGGGGUCACGCUUGCUUUCGCAGUUUCUCUUGCUUGGCAUAGCGACCUUAACUCUUGCGCGUUACAUUAGCAACUAGCGUAGAUAAACAGUUGGCAUUGCAGGAGGCUAUCUGAGUUCCUGCAGCAGCAACAACCACAGCAGCAAAUGCUAUACGAGAGCGACGAAGUAGCCAGAAACUCUCUAACACUGUGGAAGCUGCUUCGCUUUCAGCGUUAACACUGCAUUUAGAUUUUUACAGCGAUGCUGUUAGCCUCUCGUUGGUCAGCAUUUCUCGCGGCGUCGUGCGUGGGCAAAAAUGUGGGCCGAUCUCGGAGGUAGUAUAAUGCCGGACUGACCCUGGAGCAAGCUUCAAGCCCUCAGCAAGAAAAGCGUAAAGGGCAUGCAUUCUUUGGAAUCACGCAUGCAACAUACAGAACAGCAUUCGUUUCAAUAAAGAACAAGCACAAAAACAAGCAUCUGAACCACAUAAUUGAUGAUAAGGCGCUCCCGAUAACAAUGCGAAGCACGUAGCACUCCUCGCAUACGUUUCCCGGUAAAGAUUACUGUUGCGCAAGCUGCCGGGGCGACGGCAGCUUGCGACGUGGGGAGUGACGUCACUAGCCUUUCGUAUAUAAAAGAACCAGCCUAGCAACUGAUUUAAUUGUUGUAGCACUGCUAUUGGUAGGCAACGCAUAGUUACGACUCCCGGUGUGUAGCGUGAAUACGAGGAGAGGCAAAAGGAUAAAGAAACGGCAAUACGACCGGCGGCAGCGUGCUGUCAAAAUUAACGUUACUCCCAUCACUACCAUUACUCUAAACUACCAUAACUACCAUUGCUCUAAAUCAGUAAAGCAUUGCAUACUCCCCUCAACAAUUGUAGUGGUGGUUUUCAGCCGCUUCCCUGGGCACCCACUUUCCCAGGGUCGGCAUGGCGAGUCAUUUUUUUUAAUUCCUCUGAAGCCUCAGUGCCUUCAUUACAUAGCCACAUCAUUUCCGCUGUAAAAUUUCUCAGAAGCGCUUCUCAAGUUCAAGAAUUCUGUCGCUGUCGUUGUCGUCCCAACUGGUCUUAAAUGUCAUUCGUAGCCAAGUUAACUUUGUUUUUGUUAUUGUAAUAGCUACAGUGCACUGGCACCGGCACCGCGUCACUCAGCGAUUACUAUGCGCUUUGAUGUUGCUCUUUUUGAAUGACUGUUCUCUCUUUAAAAAAGCUCGUUGCUUGCGCACUUGCGUAGAUGCAUAUAUAUAUAUAUAUAUAUAUAUAUAUAUAUAUAUAUAUAUAUUCGCAAUUCACUACCACACUGUGUUGCCGUUGAGUUUGUCACCACCUCGUGAAACGGUUGCGGAUUUCACCCGGAAUAAACGAGUCGUUAUUUAAUCUGA